UAUAGAAUUAGGAAUUAAACAACUGAUUGUUUUAAGAAAAUUUUUAAUUUCGUUACUUUACAAUAAUAGAGAUUUAUUAAAAUUAUACAUAUAUGUACAUAAUUUUAUCUAUAUACUUUCAGGCUUUAUUGUUGGCAAUGCUGGUUUAUAUGUCACCCUCUUACAAUUUGUUAUUGCCUAUGUAAUCCUAUUAUUUACUGUGGCAUCUGUAUGUGCAAUUUCCACUAAUGGUGCUGUUGAAGGAGGCGGCGUAUAUUUUAUGAUAAGUCGAACAUUGGGUCUGGAAUUUGGUGGUUCUAUUGGCACCCUAUUCUUUUUGGCAAAUGUUGUGGGCUGUGCCAUGGCUAUUUCCGGUUGCGUUGAAGGUAUUAUGAAUAAUUUUGGUCCUGGUGGUUAUUUUGCAUCCGCUGAAGGACUUUUACCGGAUGGUACUUGGUGGCGUUUUCUAUUUUGUACCGUGAUUAAUACACUAAUGCUGUUGGUGUGUCUAAUAGGAGCUUCAUUAUUUGCCAAAACUUCCGUAUUAAUUUUGGGUAUUGUCACGGUCUGUUUAUUAGCCACUUUUAUAAGUUUUUUGGCUGAGGGUCCCAACAAUGACAAGGUAAGUGUUAAUUUAUUGGAUAACUAUUGUUAUUAUUAUUUAAUUUUUUACUUUAAAUUUUUAAAAUAAAAAUAAACAAUUUACA